CGGACGGAGCGAGCGGCGGUCGUGCUGGGGUGCUCCGCGCAGGAGGAGCCCGCGACGUCGCUGCGGGCGGCCCGGGCACGGGGCCGGGGCGCUGCCACCAUGAGGCGGCGCGGCGGGGGUUGUCUCCUGCCCGCGCCUCCGCAGCUCCUGCUGGUGCUGCUGGGAGCGCUGCUCCGCUCCAGAGGUGUUACAAGUAGCACUGAGUGCUCCUGUGGGCGUAAUCAUUUUACCUGUGCUGUCAGUGCUUUUGGUGAAUGCACCUGCAUCCCUGCUCAGUGGCAAUGCGAUGGAGACAAUGACUGUGGGGACCACAGCGAUGAAGAUGGCUGCAUGCUGCCCACAUGCUCCCCUUUGGACUUCCACUGUGACAAUGGAAAAUGUAUCCGCCGGUCGUGGGUCUGCGAUGGAGACAAUGACUGUGAGGAUGACUCUGAUGAGCAGGACUGCCCUCCAAGGGAGUGUGAGGAAGAUGAGUUCUCAUGUCAGAAUGGAUACUGCAUUCGCAGCCUGUGGCACUGUGAUGGUGACAAUGACUGUGGGGACAACAGUGAUGAGCAGUGUGAUAUGAGAAAGUGCUCAGAGAAGGAGUUCCGUUGCAGUGACGGCAGCUGCAUAGCUGAGCACUGGUUCUGUGAUGGGGACACAGACUGCAAGGAUGGCUCAGAUGAAGAGAAUUGCCCAUCAGAUGUUCCAGCUGCCACCUGCAGCUUGGAGGAGUUCCAGUGUGCAUAUGGACGCUGCAUCUUGGACAUCUACCACUGUGAUGGUGAUGAUGACUGUGGGGACUGGUCUGAUGAAUCUGACUGCUCAUCUCAUCAGCCUUGUCGCUCUGGAGAGUUCAUGUGCAACAGUGGCUUGUGCAUUAAUGCUGGCUGGAGGUGUGAUGGUGACUUCGACUGCGAUGACCAGUCAGAUGAGAGGAACUGCACUACAUCUAUGUGCACAGCUGACCAGUUCCGCUGCAAGUCAGGACGCUGUGUCCGUCUGUCCUGGCGUUGUGAUGGGGAAGAUGACUGCUCUGACAACAGUGAUGAGGAGAAUUGUGAGAACACAGGCACCCCUCAGUGUGCCCCAGACCAGUUCCUGUGUGGGAAUGGGCGUUGCAUUGGCCAGAGGAAGCUGUGCAAUGGAGCAAAUGACUGUGGAGAUGGCAGUGAUGAGAGCCCACAUCAAAACUGCCGUCCAAGAACAGGGGAGGAGAAUUGCAAUGUGAACAAUGGUGGCUGUGCUCAGAAAUGCCAGAUGGUGCGAGGGAUGGUGCAGUGCACUUGCCACACAGGUUACAGGCUCCUGGAAGAUGGCCGAUCGUGCCAAGACAUGAAUGAAUGUGCUGAGGAAGGCUACUGCAGCCAAGGCUGUACCAACAGUGAAGGAGGCUUCCAGUGCUGGUGUGAGCAGGGCUAUGAGCUGCGCCCUGACAAACGUAGCUGCAAAGCUCUAGGGCCAGAGCCUGUGCUGCUCUUUGCCAAUCGAAUUGAUAUCCGACAAGUGUUGCCUCAUCGCUCUGAGUAUACGCUGCUCCUGAACAACCUGGAAAAUGCCAUUGCCCUUGAUUUCCACCACAGCAAGGAGCUGGUGUUCUGGUCUGAUGUCACGCUUGAUCGCAUCAUGAGGGCCAAUCUGAAUGGUAGCAACGUGGAAGAGGUGGUUUCCACAGGGCUGGAGAGCCCAGGUGGACUUGCUAUUGAUUGGAUCCAUGACAAAUUAUACUGGACAGACUCUGGGACAUCUCGAAUUGAGGUAGCAAACUUGGAUGGCACUCACAGGAAAGUGCUUUUGUGGCAGAACUUGGAGAAGCCCCGAGCAAUUGCCCUACAUCCUAUGGAGGGUACUAUCUACUGGACUGACUGGGGCAACACUCCCCGCAUUGAGUAUUCCAACAUGGAUGGCUCUAAUCGACGCAUCAUUGCGGAUACACACCUCUUCUGGCCCAAUGGACUGACCAUUGACUAUGCAGGACAUCGAAUGUACUGGGUAGAUGCCAAACAUCACGUCAUUGAGAGGGCUGACCUUGAUGGACGCAAUAGGAAGGCUGUUAUUAGCCAAGGGCUCCCACACCCAUUUGCUAUCACUGUGUUUGAGGACAGUCUGUACUGGACAGACUGGCACACCAAGAGCAUCAACAGUGCCAAUAAAUUCACAGGCAAGAAUCAGGAGAUCAUCCGCAACAAACUCCACUUCCCUAUGGACAUCCACACGCUGCAUCCUCAGCGUCAGCCAGCAGCAGGGAGAAACCGGUGUGGGGACAACAACGGAGGCUGCACGCACCUCUGCCUGCCAAGCAGCAAGGAUUACACCUGCGCGUGCCCCACGGGCUUCCGCAAGACCAGCAGCCAUGCCUGUGCCCAGAGUCUUGACAAGUUCCUGCUUUUUGCCCGAAGGAUGGACAUCCGUCGGAUCAGCUUUGACACAGAUGACCUGUCAGAUGAUGUCAUCCCCCUUGCUGAUGUCCGCAGUGCUGUGGCUCUAGACUGGGACUCAAAGGAUGACUAUGUCUACUGGACAGAUGUUAGCACUGACUCAAUCAGCAGAGCAAAAUGGGAUGGAUCGAACCAGGAGGUACAGUGUUCACUGUGUGUGGAGGUCAUCUGGCCAGGAGACUCCUUGAGCAUCAGAUUUGAAGCCACUGGGAUACCCUGGCUUUUUAAGGUUGUGGUGGACACCAGCCUGGAAAGUCCAGCUGGACUUGCAAUUGACUGGGUCACCAACAAACUAUACUGGACUGAUGCAGGAACAGAUCGGAUAGAGGUGUCCAAUACAGAUGGGACCAUGAGAACUGUUCUAAUAUGGGAGAACCUAGACAGACCUAGAGAUAUUGUGGUGGACCCUGUGGGAGGGUUCAUGUACUGGACUGACUGGGGAGCCAACCCAAAAAUUGAACGUGCUGGGAUGGAUGCCUCGAACCGCUUGGUGAUCAUUUCCUCCAACUUGACAUGGCCCAAUGGCUUGGCCAUUGACUACGAGUCACAGCGCUUGUACUGGGCAGACGCAGGCAUGAAGACCAUCGAGUAUGCCAGUCUGGAUGGAAGCCACAGGAAGGUGCUGAUUGGGAACAAUCUACCACACCCCUUUGGACUUACUCUUUAUGGCGAGAGAAUCUACUGGACAGACUGGCAGGCCAAAAGCAUCCAGAGUGCAGAUAGGAGAACUGGGCAGUCUCGGGAAACACUGCAGGACAAUCUGGAGAAUCUUAUGGAUAUUCAUGUUUUCCACCGGCACAGGCCACCAGUACAUACAGCAUGCAAAGUUAACAAUGGAGGCUGCAGUCACCUGUGCCUUUUGGCACCUCUUCCAAAAGGCUACAGCUGUACUUGCCCUACAGGGAUCAAUCUGCAAUCUGAUGGCAAGACCUGCUCCUCUGGAAUGACCAGCUUUCUGAUCUUUGCCAGAAGGACUGACAUCCGAAUGGUCUCUCUGGAUAUCCCCUACUUUGCAGAUGUUGUUGUCUCGGUCAAUGUCACCAUGAAGAAUACCAUUGCAAUUGGAGUGGAUCCUCAUGAAGGAAAGGUUUACUGGUCAGACAGCACAUUGCGGAAAAUCAGUCGUGCUGCCCUUGAUGGCUCGCAAUUUGAGGACAUCAUCACUACAGGUCUGUUGACUACAGAUGGGCUGGCUGUGGAUGCUAUUGGCAGGAAGAUAUAUUGGACAGAUACAGGAACAAACCGGAUUGAAGUGGGCAACCUUGAUGGCUCCAUGAGGAAAGUCUUGGUCUGGCAGAACCUGGACAGCCCUCGGGCAAUAGCUUUAUACCAUGAAAUGGGGUAUAUGUACUGGACAGAUUGGGGUGAAAAUGCCAAGCUGGAACGCUCUGGGAUGGAUGGCUCUGCACGUGUGGUGCUGAUCAGCAACAACUUGGGCUGGCCUAAUGGACUGGCAGUGGAUAAGGCUGGGUCCCAGCUGCUCUGGGCUGAUGCACACACAGAGCGGAUCGAGGCUGCGGAUCUCAAUGGUGCGAACCGCCGCACCCUCCUGUCUCCGGUGCAGCAUCCCUAUGGCCUCACUUUGCUGGACUCUUACAUCUACUGGACUGACUGGCAAACUCGCAGCAUUCACAGGGCUGACAAGGACACUGGUGCUAAUGUCAUCUUGGUGAGGGCAAACCUGCCUGGCCUCAUGGAUAUUCAAGCUGUUGACAGGGCACGGCCCUUGGGCUUCAAUAAAUGUGGAGUUCGUAAUGGUGGCUGCUCCCAUCUUUGCUUACCUCACCCCACUGGUUUCUCCUGUGCCUGCCCCACUGGCAUCCAGCUGAAGAGAGAUGAACAGACGUGUGACUCUUCUCCAGAGACCUACCUACUUUUCUCUAGCCGUGCUUCCAUCCGUCGUAUCUCGCUGGACACCAGUGACCACACAGAUGUGCACAUACCUGUCCCUGAGCUGAACAAUGUCAUUUCUCUGGACUAUGAUAGUGUGGAUGGCAAGAUUUACUACACAGAUGUAUUUCUUGAUGUUAUCAGGCGGGCUGAUCUGAAUGGCAGCAAUAUGGAAACUGUUAUUGGUCAAGGUUUGAAGACUACAGAUGGCCUGGCAGUGGACUGGGUUGCCAGGAACCUCUACUGGACAGACACAGGACGCAAUACCAUUGAAGUGGCUAGACUGGAUGGAAGCUCCAGGAAAGUGCUGAUCAAUAACAGCCUGGAUGAACCUCGAGCCAUUGCUGUCUUUCCCAAGAAGGGGUAUCUCUUCUGGACAGAUUGGGGUCACAUUGCUAAAAUUGAACGGGCAAAUUUGGAUGGCUCUGAACGUAAAAUCCUGAUUAACACUGACCUAGGAUGGCCCAAUGGAUUGACUUUGGAUUAUGACACCAGGAGGAUAUACUGGGUGGAUGCUCACCUUGAUCGCAUAGAGAGUUGUGACCUCAGUGGGAAGCUACGACAAGUGUUGGUCAGCCAGGUGUCACAUCCCUUUGCUCUGACACAGCAGGACAGAUGGAUAUACUGGACUGACUGGCAAACAAAAUCUAUCCAGAGAGUGGACAAAUACUCUGGGCGGAACAAAGAGACGGUCCUAGCCAAUGUUGAGGGAUUGAUGGAUAUCAUUGUGGUUUCUCCUCAGAGACAAACAGGUAGUAAUGCUUGUGGAGUGAACAAUGGAGGCUGCACUCACCUCUGCUUUGCCAGGGCUUCUGACUUUGUCUGCGCGUGUCCGGAUGAGCCAGAUGGGCGGCCCUGUUCUACAAUUCCUGGUGUGGUGCCCCUUGGUCCAGAACCAGCCAGUGUAAGUGAGAGAAGUCAAACACCACCUGGCAGACUAAGUACUUCAACAGCCAAACCUCUCACAUCUCUGGAAACAGUGGAAGGAAACUGCUCUGACAAAGAUGCUAGGCAAGGCUUGUGUACUCGUGCCAACGAGGCGGUGUUGGCCACCAUGGGAGAAGGACUACACGUCAGCUACAUUAUUGGAGGUCUUCUCAGCAUCUUGUUUAUUUUGCUGCUUAUUGCUGCUUUAAUUAUAUAUAGGCAUAAUAAGUCCAAGUUUACGGACCCUGGCUUGGGGAACCUAACCUACAGUAAUCCUUCAUAUCGGACAUCUACCCAGGAGGUGAAGAUUGAAUCUGUUCCCAAACCAACCAUGUACAACCAGCUGUGCUACAAGAAAGAGACUGGUCCUGACCACAGCUACACUAAGGAGAAGAUCAGGAUUGUGGAGGGAAUAUGCCUUUUAUCCAGUGAUGAUUCCGAAUGGGAUGACCUGAAGCAGAUUCGGAGCUCCCACGGAGGGAUCCUCCGGGACCACGUCUGCAUGAAGACUGAUACGGUCUCUAUCCAGGCUAGUUCUGGGUCACUGGAUGACACCGAAACUGAGCAGCUGCUGCAGGAAGAACAGUCUGAAUGCAGCAGUGUUAACACAGCAGCAGCCACUCCUGAGCGGCGGGGCUCACUCCCAGACACAGGCUGGAAACACCAACGCAAGCCCUCCACAGAGAGCGAGGUCUAAAGUACACAUGACUUUGAAACAGUCAUACCCUCCCUACCCUCUGCUCUGCACAAAAAAGACAGACUCUGCCUGCCUGGCAAGGAGGGGCACAGAGACCAGCCUCUCUUGCAAGGGGCCCGAGACUGGGACUGCCUUUCAGCAUGGCGCCUGGGCAGCUGUGUUGUUGUGUCUGGAGAAGGAGGAUGGGUGGGUUGGUUGGAACCCAGAGACCCUUUUGACUCAUUUUCACUGUCUGUGGUUUAUUUAUAUGUUCCCUUUUCCUGGAAGUUGCUGCAUUAACUUUUGCAGUGACUCGUCUGGCCUGAAUCUGGUUCAGAGUGUCUGUUCCCUGGCAACCUGCAAGUCCUGUGCCAUCCAGCUCACGGUCAAUGCCCAUGAAGAGAGCAGUGCUGCCUCAUUGCUGGCUCCUGGUCACAGAAGUACCCCUAGUCAUUCCAGCACUAGCAGCACUCUUUGAGGCUUUGUGUUGAGGGGUCUCUGACAUGAGAGAGGUCUUUUAUAGAUGGGAUAUACUUUGGGGCUCAAGAGGACACUGACACAGCAUCAGGUCACCUUGUAAAGGCAUAAAGAGGAGAUAACCACAGCUGCUGAGACUCACUUCAUGAGAGCAUCACUGCUUACUUUCAUAUCUGCUACUAAGAACUUAAGGAAUGCUCAGAUUGGAGCACUGUGUCUGUUGCUGGCAGUGGACACUGCUCCUGUUCUCCCCUUUCCUGUUGAAACAUAUUUCUACUCUGGAAAAACAAGAGUCAGCAAAUGCCCCUUUCAGAAUUGUUCCCUGUGGGUACUGGAGUCUGAGUGCUGAACUUGAGACAAGAAGAAAUUGGUAUUUUACUUAGUUCUAUAGGGCUAAUGGGGGGAAAUGGGUCUCAGCAAGAUCUAAAUUUUACUGAUCUUUGCAUAACUGAUACAUAAGAAAAAGAAAAAUUGCUAGGUCCCCAGUAGUCCCAAUUAUUUUGGCCUUUAGGACCUUUGAUUACCAUAAUAAGGGAAAAGAGAGAAUUCCUAGGUCGAGUCUUUCCCAGGGGAGUGCUCAGUGCUCAUAGUUAGGAACUGCUUUAUUACUAGGCUGAGCCCAUUUGACCUAGAAUGGGAGACAAUAAUCAGGGAGCUGCAAAGGCCAUUCUAAGUAGUUGUUUAUCAGAUAGAAUUGCACUUUAAGUUCUUCUGUUACCACUAAAUAGCUCUCAUUGCCAAAUAAUUUUUCCCAUCAGCUGCAUGAGCUUCAGUUCUCUGGCCUCCAAGACUCUUACCCUUUAGGGAAUGUCAUCCUACCCUUGCAGCCAAAACCCAGCAGCAUUUGGAGCUGGGUCUUGCAUGCUCCCAAGGACUAUUCCCACCUCUUCAUACUCUCUUGUCAUCUGUUUGUUCAAAAAGAAAAAAGAAAAUAUUGCUUGACACUUCUUCAAAACCAAAAUUUAUAUUAACCCCUCAAAUUACAUGGUAAAAUAUUAAGCAUUAAGCCAGAUCCUUGGAAGCAGAACUUCCCAGUGAAGAAUUUCUCACUGCAAACUUUGUAACCUUUUUUAUCACUCUUUUAUGGAAAGAGGUCAAGUACAUUCCCAUCCAUGGUGUAAAGAGAGCAAAACAUACACUGGGGUAUGGUUCAGAGGUAGGGGGAGGGUACAUCACCCAUGCAAUAUUUUUUCCAGCUGAUUAAAAAGGAGAAUCAUCCUACUCUGCUUGAACCUUGUUUAUAUGCUAACAGGCCUGCUACCCCUGAAAAACACCACAGGUGCCAGUGGUUUGCCUGUACUUUUCACAGUAGUGGUAGCUUUGUAGAUAGGGGAAGGUUGCAGCUUAGACCUGGCUAGGUGGCUUGAGACUCUGUCCCUAACUGCACCAUUGGGCUGACUGGUGUAUAUUCCUGUGGAAAAUGAACUGGAGCUAAGGCUUGGAUUUCCUGUCUUAAUGUGGGACUUUUCCCUACUCCCAGAGGGAUUUUUUUUUAAAUUAGAUUUUUAUUUAAUUAUUUAUUUGUUUGACUCCAGCCUUGGAAGCAUUGAUUUUGUUGGGCAGAGGCACUUUUGGAUUGAGGUGUGGACUUGCCUGGGAACUGAGAAAGGAGUGCAUAUCACUGACAUGGAUGCUGCCCAUCUAAGCCACUUCAUGCAGGGACAACACCAGAGGGCUCAAGCAUGAGCAGAAGAAUCAAUUUGAGCAGAAGCCAUGUGUAGGGGCAAGGGCAUCAGGGCUGGGAGUGGGGAGAUGGGGAAGGAAGGCUCUGACCUGUAGGACAGCAGGGUUUCUUUGGGUUUUGGAAUGGGUUGUUCUUUUUUUUUCCCAGUAGCUUAUAUGACCAUGCACCAAAAUCCUGAGGUGGGACAGGGGUGAAGGGAAACAUCUGCCCAGACCUGUCACUUAAGAUUAAGUCAGCCUGUCAGAGUAAUUGCUGUCCACAUCGCAGGUGUGGAAGGGAAAGGAAAAACACAGUCAGUCUUUUCAACAGCCCAUGGUUUUUGUGAUCUCCACCUUGAUCAAUGUUCUCUGCUGCUUCUUAGGAGAGACCCUGCGCGCUCCAGCCUAACAGUCAUUCAUAACUGCUCUCUGCUCCCUUCCUCAAAUGAUUAUGGUGAAAAGGAGCAAUAAAAUGUCACACAGCCUCCUCUACCAGUGAGGUGGGCAGAAAUUCAUGUCUUUUUUCUAGAGACAGCCCCAGUGAGAUGCUGCCUGGGGGAUGCAUCAUGGUUCCCCACUGUGGGGAAGAGAAGACCCUCGUUGCACUUAGGAUGUUAAGAAUGUAGAAAGGCUACUGGAGGAUGAUCUCUUGAGCACUGAUUUACUAUGUAAAAAGCAAACCUCUCUCCUGUCUGUCCUGAGCUAACGUCAGUGAUUUCCGUGUGUUCCUGUGUAAUGGUUUUAACGUUACUCACUGGAGACAUUGGACUUUCUGGAGUUAUUUAACCACUGUGUUCAAUAUUUUAGGGGUUGAUGAUAAUUUAAUAUAAAUUUAGCUUUUCUUAA